AUGAGCACCUCUACAGCACCAGCAGCACCACACGUCAACUUCAGCAAGUUCGCGACCGCCGACUCGCCCACGGUGCAGGUUCCGAUGCGGGUCAUCAACCGGCCGCUCCCGUCAGAGCUGGACCAGGCCAAGGUCGAGCGCUUCAUGGAGGGGAUCAAGGCGGGCGACGACUUCACGCCCAUAGAGGUGCUCAAGUGCGUCGCGCCAGACGGCCAGAAGUACUACUUUGCGUUCGGUGGCUGUCACCGGUACGAGGCACACAAGCGCUUGCAGAGCGAGACGAUCCCAGGGCGCAUCAUCAAUGUACCUCCCUCGGCCAUCCGACUGUACCUCGGCGCGGGCUGUCCGUUCUGA